GGUAAAUCUGAGGCAGUACAGAAAUUAGCGAUAUUCAAAGAAGUUCAACAAAUCUGUGGUUCAAUUGGUCUUCAGCAGUUUAGAAAUGCAGUUAUCCGUUUAUUUGGUUCUGGUGGUGAUCGCCCUUAGUUCGGCUAGUGUUAGUUCUACCGGUGAAGAAACAAAGGAUCCAGCGAAACCUGAAGUUGUUCUAAUAGAAGUCAGUCAACAUGGGCACGAAAAUACCGGGGAAAGAGAGACCAGACAAUACGGAGGAUAUCCAGGUGGGUUUGGAUUCAGACCUAGUGGUGGCUAUUAUCCAGGUAGACCUGGAGGCGCUUUUUACCCUGUGAGACCUGGUGGUUUUUAUCAAAGACCUGGAUUCGGAGGAGGUGGUUACCCAGUUUCGUCACCCAAUUAUGGUGGUUUCGCUCCUGGCGGAUACUACCCAGGAGGUCGCCCAGGAGGGUUCGGAGGAAACUUUGGUUCUGGUGGAUUCGGUGGUAACUAUGGACCCGGUGGAGGUUUUGGAGGCAACUACGGACCUGGUGGAGGUUUCGGGGGUAACUAUGCUCCUGGUAGUGGAUUUGGUGGUAAUUUCGGCCCUGGUAGUGGUUUCGGCGGUAAUUUCGGUUCUGGUGGAAAUGCUGGUGCCGGUAACUUUGGGUCCAGCAACGGCUUCUUCAGCGGUCAAGGAGGAAACAAUGGAUACAACCCAGAUAGUAGUAAUUCUGGUAACAAUUUUGGAGGUAGCGAAUCUACUGAUAAUAAUAACAACAACAAUCAAGGAGGAGGAUUUGGAGGAGGCAAUGGAUUUUUGGCAAAUCUUUUCGGUGGCGGUAAUCGACCUGGAGGAUUAUUUGGUUAAACAUGGAUUUUGAACAACUUUGAUGUUUUCAGUGAAAACAAUACGACAAGAAGCGAUUACAUCUUUAAUAUAAAAACGAACAAUUGUUAAUGACGUGCUUGAACGAAAAUAUAUGAGAAAUUUUUAU